AUAAGUUUCAAGUGGGUUUAUUAUAACAUUAUACUUGUCUGGUGGUAGUGGUAGCUAUUUCUUUCUUUAUUUUCUAUUUUCAAAAUAAUUGUUCAUUACUUCAAUGCAUUAGAAAUAAGCUAGUUGUCAUUGCAGCCACUUGGAAGAAGUCAAAGUGGCCUUAUUCAAAUUCCAAACAGGAACGUGCAAGAACACACAUGCAGUUGUGUCUAUCUUGAAAAUAGUAUUCUGCUCUCUCUGUUUCUCUCUUAACAAUGUUGAAAAUAGAAUUGUUUGAUAAUACUAUGCAUAAAAGUUAGUAAGAGGGGUUCUUUAAUCAUAUCUUUAACAGAUUUGGUUUGAUGUUAGGAUUCUGAUACUGAUUCUGAUUCAGGUCCUGAAAUCCAUUUCAGUACUCCAUUUCCAUCAAUCUGUAUUUCAAAGAAGGAAAAUUAUGACUUUCCAAAAGGAGUACCUUGAUCUAUUUUUGGUCCCAAGUGGGUUGUUCAUCAUGUUUGCAUAUCAUCUCUUCCUUCUUCACAGAUAUCUUAAUCUUCCUCACACCACAGUAAUGGGCUUUGAGAACAAUGACAAAAUAGCAUGGGUUGAAAGAAUUAUGCAGAUUGAUAAAAGGGAUGUUGGCACAGCUUUAUCAGUGCUAUCAACCAACACAUCAGCAGCAACAUUCUUGGCAUCGGUCUCUUUAACGCUCUGUUCUCUCAUUGGAGCUUGGAUCGCAAAUUCUUCCACUAGCUUCCUGAAGAGUGAGUUAAUCUAUGGAGACACAAGGUCAUCUACCAUGUCUAUCAAGUACAUAAGCCUCCUAAUUUGCUUCCUCCUCGCUUUCUCGUGCUUCGUUCAGUCAGCAAGGAACUUUGUCCACGCAAACUAUAUAAUAAGCACCCCAGAUAGUGACAUACCUGUGAGAUAUGUGGAAGUGGCAGUAAUAAGGGGUAGUGAUUUUUGGUCACUUGGACUAAGGGCACUUUAUUUUGCUCUUAAUUUGCUCCUGUGGUUUUUUGGGCCAAUACCCAUGUUUGUUUGUUCCAUCCUUAUGGUGAUAGUCCUCCACUACCUUGACACAAAUACUACUCUAUUGCAUCAGCAUGUAUCUCCUUCUAAACAGAAGGCCAAAAGGGUGGUUGUCUGAAAUAUCCAAAGCAGCCAUGGCCCUUCAGCAUGAAUAAAAAGCAAAUAGAUUUCCAACAUAAAUUUUAUGUUCUUAGCUCCGUUCACUGCUUUGAACAGUAUAAUGUCUCGCCCUCCUUUUUAUUUAUUUAUUUAUCUGGUCGACGUCAAUAUAGUUAUUUAACGUCUCUGCAACACAAGCUAGAUUUGCAUCCUAAACCAUGAGAGGAUGCUACUAUGUCUAUGAACAGAGUGGAAUGCAGAAUCAUGGUCCUAAAUUCCAUUUUCGGUGCCAAUCACAAUGGGGCAAUUGUGUCAACAUCACAUUUAAAUGUUUUAUUCAUGAAUAAUAUGUUGCUUUU